AUGGCGUCGGACGGCGAGUGCGACCUCGAGGAGCUGGAGGAUCUCGCGAAGGUCAGUCGCGCGUCGUCCGUGGUCGUCGUCGUCGUCGUCGUCGUCGCGUCCGAGGAAAUCGAAUCGAUCGACGGACGCGCCAGAGAGCGGUUCCUCGACCUCCCCCGCGCCGGCCGGCCUCAUCCCUCCCCUCCCCUCCCCUCGACGACUCCCGCAGGCGAGACUGCGCGUUCUGCACCGACUCGACGCGACGCAUCGCUCGACGCCGCGGCGAAAGGGCUGUUCUACGCCGACCCCGACGACACCGCCGCCGCGCGCGCGGCCGCGUCCAGGCGCGAGCGCGCGAGCGUCGCCGCGUGCCGGCUCGCCUUCUGCGAGCGACCCUCGACGCGGCGAUGGCUCGCGACGCAAGAGACGGCGCUCUUCGCCGCGAGGUUGCGUCUGGGCGAGCUCGAGCUCGAGCUCGGCGCGACGGAAGAUGAAACGUCAACCGUCGCGCCGCCGCCGCCGCGGCCCGGGCAUCGAUGGGUGCCCUUCGAACGCGCGCGCUCGCUGCUUCGGAGACGCGUGGUGGAGGUGGCGCGCGGGUGGUGCGCGGUGCCGACGGACGCGUUGAGCGUCGUCGCCGUCGACGACGCCGACGCGAGGCUGCGGCGCGAGCUCGAGGUGACCGCGCGGCGGCUCGAGUUCAUGAGAGCGUCGAGGGGUGGUGGUGGUAACGAUUGUAACGGUAGCGGUGGUGGCGUUUCUCCGGGGCUGGAGCCGCUGCUGAGGAAACUCGCGGCGUGGCGACCGGGACGGGAGGAGCUCGACGCGUACCUCGGCGGCGUCGCGGCGCGGCGCGAGGGCGAUCGACGCGACGGCGACGCGCGCGCGGAAGCGCUUCACGCGUCGACGUCGGGAGGAGGAGGGGGAAGAGGAUGGGGAGGAUCCGACGCGAGCGCCGGGACUGGGCGCGGGGUGUGGAGGCGCGGGUGGCGGAAGCGGAGAGACGGCGGCGGCGCGACGGCGGCGAGUUCGCUCGCGGAGGAUUUCGAUUUCGCCCGCGCCGGCGCCACGGCGGACGCGUUCAACCGCCUCCCGACCACCGCGUACUUCACCGAGCUCGGCGCGGACGCGAAGCGCGUCCUGCGAGCGCUCAAGCGCGGCGUCGACGGCGCGACCGGCCGCCCGUUCCCGCUCUGCAUGCGUCGGCACCUCCGAGACUUGCGCGCGGACAGGCACCUGAAGCACGACGCGCGGUUUCAGGCGCGUGGGCCUAUCAUCUCGCACCGGUUCCCAUACGACCGCGUCGGCGUCGUGAACUUCAUUCCUGAAGGACUUUCUCUCCCGGUGGUCCUCACGCUCUUCCUGAAGGGCGUCGACGUGACCGCGGACGAGACGCUCGCGAUCUGGCGCGCGCAGUUCCCGCACGGGCGCAUGAGCGACUACCAGCGCGAGCACACGUACGCGGUGCGUCACGCGUACGGGUUAGAAGGGAAGAUGGCGGACUACCCGCCGCACACGUGCGAGAAGUUGUCGAGGGGCGGCGCCGGCGGCGACGGCGCCGCCGCCGCGUGCCCGUUCGCCGCGGUGAGGGGGCUCGACGCGCGGCACCGGGGCGCGAUGGCGCUGCGCGCGGAGCUCGCGGAGCUGAUCCCGGCGGAUCUGGUGGAGCACGUCGCGUCCGCGGCGGAGGGCGGCGCGCCGAGGGCGGCCUGCGCGCGUCUGUUUAAGGCGACGCACGGCGGCGGCGGCGGGUGCGAGGGGUGCGGCGCGGACGGCGACGGCGGCGGCGGCGGCGACGGCGGCGGCGAGCGCGCGGCGGCGACGGCGGAGGAGGCGGCGGCCGCGACGAAUCCUCGCUGCUCCGCGGACCUGGAGGACCUGAAGUGGCCGCACGAUUACUUCGACGCGUCGAUUCGCGUCGAGGCGGCGGCCAGAGCGUCCGCCGCCGCAGCCGCCGUCGCGCGCGCCGCCGCCGCCGCGGGCGCGGGCGCGGGCGGCGACGACAGCGGGGGGGCCUCGGCGCGGCGGCACGUCGCCUUAGAGCUCGAGCAGAGCGACAGCGAGGACGGGGAGGAUAGAUACGUGUAG